AGCAGCUGACAAAAAAGGAGCCAGUCCGCCACGCAGCGCGUUUCCUAACGAACGACAUCGGUUCUUCACUCCAUCUUGUCGCAUGAGUCGCCGGCUGCAGCAGAGUCAGAGCGCUCAGCUCAUCGGCCGCUCCCGAGCCGAGCGGCUGCUCGACAGGCUCUACCACCACCAAAGCAAGGAGCUCAGGAAGCGACAGAGGGAGCAGGGAGCGGCGGCCGGCGUCAACGAGGCACUCAAGAGGCAGCGACUCGCCAUCCCUGCUCCCGCAGCGCCUGUCAAGAAGCCGCGCUCCGAGCCUGUCGCACAGACGCCCGUCGACGCGCUCGCCAAGAUCGUGACCUACGCCCAGCACCGGCAGAAGUUCCCCAAGGCGAUGGAGCUGCUGAUCAAGCUGACAAAGGACCACAUGACGGCGGAGACCAAGGGGUACUUCCUCACGGGCAUUGGGAGGAUCAUGGCCCAUAAUCACGCCACUUCCAGCCCUGAGGGCCGUCCGCGCGUCAUCCAGCUGUUCGAGCAGGAGCUGCUGCCCAAGACCAAGAGCGGCGAUGGCGGCGGCGAGCCGUUCUUUGGCGAGUUGGAGAGGGAGUUUGUGGAGAUCCUGGCUAUCGCCGCUGUGCACCACAACAAGCUCUUCACGGACGACACGUACCAGUUCACCACCAGCCUCAGUCGCCUCAAGGCCGUGUUCGAGGCGCUCGAGCCGUACACCCAGACCGAGAUAGAGGAGAUGGUGGAUGACGACGAACAGGAGCAGCAGGAGGCGGAGCAGAAGGUUGAGGGAAGGGCAGAGGGGGAGGGCGCCGAGGGUGAGCCUGCGCCGCAGGAGCAUCGAAGCGCUCCCGUGACCGUCAAGAAGGAACAAGGUGGGCAAACAGACCUUUAAACACACGUCACGUGAGGAAUGCAUCUGGGCUCUCUCCCCUGUGUAUGUGUGCAGAUGAGGAGCCUUCAAGUGCGGGUGAUGGUCCGGUCGACGCAGCGGCUUCAUCGGCCGCCGUCAAGCCCGAGGAGCAGGAUAACGAUUCCGAGUUUGGAUCGUCAUUUGCAGCGGCCGCGCCCUCGUCGCACGCACUGCUCGAGUGGAGCGCGCCGUCCAGGUGAGCAACAUUCGUGCGGCCGUGCAUGUUCGAUGGCGUAUUUCUGAUGGAUGUCUGUGUGCAGGGAUGAGCUGUGUAUGAUGAAGCGGCUUUAUUUCUUCAACGCGCUCAGCACCAUCUUCACCUACAGACACGUAAGCCAAGGCGGCGGGCCGCACACGACCUCACGACUCUCGCGGCCCUUCAGUCCCUGCAUCUCUCCGUGUGAAUGGGUUCUUGCAGAAAUCCUGGGCGAGGACGGCUGUCGAGCAUCUCUUCCAGCAGGUGUACCUGAAAAGGUACCCAUAACCCGCCCACACCACCACCGCUACACACACACGUGGCUGUGUGCACCUGUGACGGUCAGGUCUCUGUUCUCCCCCGCCGAGCAGGAGCAGAUCUCGUCCUGGCAGUCGGACAUCAAAACACACAAGAAACAGGGACCAUGUAAGCCCACAAAUCCAUGCGCGUCGAGCCGCUGAUCCAAUCGGUCGGUGAUGCUUUGUGUGUGGGUGUGUGUUGUGCUGUUCAGCUGUCGGUGCGUUGGGCAUCGGCGAGGCCGCCGAUCCAGUGCGAGACGCGCGAGAGGAGCGGCUAUCCACUGCACACGGUAGGCACCUACACCCACAAGACCUCUGUGUGCUCACGUGAUUGAUGCCUGUGUGGUGUGUGCUGUGCUGUGCUGUGCUGUGGGUGCAGGGUCGGGUGUCUGGGCGGCCAAGCAGUUCGGAUUGUAGCGCCGCACCCUCGGGCCCUGUAGCGUAGCGUACCUGCGUGCGUGCGAGUGUAUAGAGAAUGAGUAAUUGCUGAGCGCUACUGCAGGGCCGGGAAUGAACGGGCUGGGCUAUGGGUUCGACGUGUGACACACACACAGUGAGGGAGAGGUUUCUGUCAUUGAUAAAUGACUUAGCGGAUGUGAUGUCUGCCAGUUCCCCACACCACACCCCCCAAUUCUGUGUGUGUGAAACCACAUGCAGCCC